AUGACUAACCUACUCCCUCCCUUCCUGGGGCACAGCACCUCGAUCUAUGGCGUUCUAUUCCAGUCCAUUGGAGCCGGGGUCAUCGUCCCGCUAUACGUGACCAUCUACCUGUUCACCUCACCAUUGGUGACUCCCGGCACGCCUCUGACACCGUCCGCACUGGCCGUCGAUGAAGGUGUCCUGAGCGCUCUCCCGGUCGGCGUGUUACUGGGAUACAUUGUCCCCUCGGUCGCCAUGUCUCUACCCGAUCCAGCGAUGAUAUCCCAGAGUGCCAAAGUCCUUGCGAUCGUGGUGUGGCAAUUGUUCCCCGUGUGGACGAACCUGAUCACCUUCGUGGUCGAGGCCCUCUUGGGCCCGAGCACCACUCGCCGCCCCUCUGAGCCCGAAACGUUGAAGAACCAAUUGCCCCGGCUGAAGACGGUCUACAAACUAGCCAUGGCCGUCAGCGUUCCAGUGCACAUCGCAACCUGGACGCUCUCGCUGUCUACCGUUCUCUUCCCGGCCCUGUUCACCCCGGCCACGGUGGAGGCCUUCCACCCGCUCAACGCCAUCGUGCCGCCGAACCCGUUGGCGGAGAGCAAAGCACCGAGCGUGGCCCAAGGCGCAGUGUGGUUCCUGCAGUACGACUAUCUCAUCACCUCGUUCGUCUACGUCUUCUGGGCCGUCGUAGGCAGAUAUGGCAAGCUCGGCGGCUUUGGCUUCACAAGUCUGCUGGAUGUCAUUGGGAGAUGCGCCAUCAUGGGUCCCAUAUCUACGGCCCUCCACCUGCUGCAGGAGCGUGACGAGAUUGUUUUUGCUGCCUCCGAGACAUUGACCGCAACAAAGAAGAACGCGUGA